AUGACUCAGCAGGGAGCUGUUCUGCAGGGUUACAAUAAUGAGCUGGUGAAAUGCAUUGAAGACUUAUGCAUGCAAAGAGAAGAACUGAACAAGCAGAUCCAGCAAGCGGAAUUGGAAAAAAAUAAACUCCAGCAUGAAAUCCGAAUCCUGUCUGAGCAAUUGGAGUGUGUCUGUGAAAGCUUGGCCCAGAAGACAGCCUCACGGAACGAGCUUGAUAAAAUCCUUGCUGAAACUGAAACUGCUUAUAUGAAGAUUUUGGAUAGUUCUAGAAUGCUGCUAAAUGUCCUGAAGAAGGAAGUGGGGAAUUGA